AUGGACUCGUGGCGCAAGCCGUCGCGCAGCGUCAUCACCAAGACCCUCAAGGAGUCCGUCAAAACCGGCCACCCCACCGGGCUGCCGGAGAAGAUCCUGCGCUUGUUCGUCGCCAACCCGCCACUGCCGUUCCUUGAGCCGAUCCCGAAGCGGCCGCCGAAGCAGCCCUACAGCGGCGUCGGCCAAUACCUAGACGAGUUCGCGGCCCCAGGCGACCCGGAGUACGAGCCGCCGCGGCCGGAGGACCGCCCGCCGAGCCCGCGGAAGUACAGGAACCCCGAGCUGGUGGUGCAGGCGCGGGUGGACGCGGAGACCAAGCUCGAAAAGGACGAGCGCCUUGUAGCGUGGAAGCUGCAGCAGAAUGCGAAGCUGCUGGAGGAGCGGGUGGCGCGGUUCGACCCCAACAAAGACCCCCUGGUGGAGGGCGACCCCUUCAAGACGCUGUUCAUAUCGCGGCUGAGCUACGAGGUCACGGAGCGCCGGCUGCGCGGGGAGUUUGAGCGCUUCGGCCCCAUCAAGCACGUCCGCCUGGUGCAGGCCAAGGACAAGGACAAGCCUCGGGGCUACGCGUUCAUAACGUAUGAGUCCAAGUCGGACAUGAAGGAGGCCUACAAGAGCAUGGACGGCGUCAAGAUCGAGGGCCGCAGGAUACUGGUGGACGUGGAGCGCGGCCGCACGGUGGAGGGAUGGCGGCCGAUGCGGCUGGCGGGCGGCCUGGGCGGCGACAGCCGGCUGCCCAAGCAGAGCAAGAAGAAGGCGCUCGCGGCGGCUCUGGCGGCGGGGGUUGCGCCGCCGCCGGUGGACAGGGAGCCUCCCAGGCGGGAUGAUUACAAGCGGCGUCGAGACGACGAGGAGCGCCGCUACUGA